AUGAAGAUGCAUUUCUGCAUCCCAGUGUCCCAGCAGCGGCCCGACGCGCUGGGGGGCCGCUACGUGCUGUACUCCGUGUACCUGGACGGGUUCCUGUUCUGCAAGGUGCGCUACAGCCAGCUGCAUCGCUGGAACGAACAGCUAAGGCGGGUGUUUGGAAAUUGCCUGCCACCCUUUCCACCAAAGUACUAUCUCGCGAUGACCGCAUCUAUGGCUGAUGAGAGAAGGGACCAGUUGGAACAGUAUUUGCAAAAUGUAACCAUGGACCCAAACAUGUUGAGAAGUGAUGUCUUCGUUGAUUUUUUGAAACUGGUGCAGCUGGACACAUUUAGCAUCACUACCAAGAAAGCGUCUCUGGAUAUAUUUCUGCCUGAUGGAAGGAGCAUUAAAGUCGAAAUUUUAACAUCAGAUACUGCCGAAAGAGUCCUAGAGGUGGUAUCACGCAAAAUUGGACUGUGUCAGGAGCUGCUGGGAUACUUUGGACUAUUUCUCAUUCGGUCUUACAAAGAGGGCAAGCUGUCUGUCAUUAAAAAAUUGGUGGACUUUGAACUCCCUUAUGUUAGCCUUUGCAGUUCUGAAGUGGAAAACUUCCAGGUUGGACUCAGGAAGUGGUACCUGGACCCGUCCCUCGACUCCAGGCUGAUGGACUGCAGAGCAGCUGUAGAUUUGAUCUACAUGCAGGCAAUACAGGACAUUGAAAAAGAAUGGGCCAAACCCACAGAGGUGCAGAGGCAAAAAUUAGAGGCUCUCCAGAAAGAAGACAACCAAACUAAGUUUUUGGAGCUCUCCCAAGAGGUGUGGCACUAUGGAUACGUGCAGCUGGAUCCCUGUACCUGUGACUACCCAGAACCCGGCUGUGGGACCGUUCUUUCUGUUGGCAAUAAUGAGAUCAGCUGCUGCAUAACCCUGCCUGAUAACCAGACCCAGGAUGUCAUUUUCCAGAUGAACAGAGUGAAGUGCUGGCAGGUCACUUUCCUUGGGACUCUGCUGGAUACAGAUGGGCCCCAGCAAACUCUCAACCAGAACUUAGAGCUCAGAUUUCAGUAUAGUGAGGAUAGUCACUGGCAGUGGUUUGUUAUUUACACCAAACAGGCUUUUUUGCUGAGUAGCUGCUUGAAAAAGAUGAUCUCAGAAAAGAUGGUAAAGCAAGCUGCAGAGAAUCCAGAAAUGCAGAUUGAAGUUCCAGAACAAGGCAAAAGUAAAAAACACCACAGUCAACAAAGCCAGAAAGACUACUCUAGUUUUCUGCCAAGAAAAAGCAAGAUUAAGACAGCUGAAGUUGACUGUGGUUUGGGGACCAUAAAGGAGGAAGGUCUUUGA